CUUGUUCUUGAAUAUAUACUGUAUACAUUUUGAUAUUCAACUGCCUACAUGCCAUACUGUACUAUACAUGUUUGUAUGCUAAAGAGCUGACUUGUAUGUUACCGAUAUUGGCAGCUGCUGAGAUAAAUUAUCAAGCAAGACACCGGAUACACUCGCUUAUCUUAUUUACCCCACCAUGGAAACUGUGAACAAGGUUGUCGAUGCUGGGUACAGGGUGAUCUGGGGCGAGGAAGCCGACACCGCGACAGGGUCAAGCAACAACCAGACCACAAAUCAACCGAGCAGCCUCGAGUCCGUCAUCGAUGCAGGGAAAAAAGCACUAUGGGGGACAAGCGGGAGAACCGAUAGCGACGACACCACAGCGCACGGUGAAGAGCCGAUUUCUGGUGUCAGAGGGCUGGGAACGGCGACGGAUCCGUAUGAUGCUGGGAACCGAGAGGAAGAGGAACGCUCUGCAAACCCGGUUGAGCCAUUCCGAUCAAUGGCUGCUGAGCAACGAGAUUUCGAUGCGAGCGAAGGGACCAGCAGCGGUACUGCUACAAGUCCUACUCAUGGUACUGCUUCAGACACGCCAGAUUUAUUGAAGACAUCUGUAGCUGGGUUGCAACCUGAUCCGUCGGAACCAAAGAACAUCAGCAAGGCGUCCUCAAAGCUUGUGGUGGAUCCUGGGCCUGGACAGGGGUUGAAGCACACGAGCGAGCCAUUGCAGGAGGAGAGCGAGAAGUUGGCCAAAGACUUGCAGAGCGGUACUGAGGGGAAGAACAAUGUUUCUGCAGCACCAGUACCAAUAGCAGCCGAUCCCGUCUCAAAGUCUAGCAGAGACGACAGCAAAUCGUCGUCCUCAGGAACAUCCUCGUCGAACGGCAGCCGCAACGAAAAACAGGGCCAGCAAAAAAAGACUAAAUCGGGCAAGCUUGAGAAAGUUAAAAACAAACUUCACAUAGGAAGCCAUUCGACCAAGGCAUCGAAAUAAUGUCAGAUGAUGGUCAUGUAUUGCUAUGGUUGGACAUUCUGAUCCUCAUGCGCGAUGUAACAGACCAACCACAUGCAUUUACGAUACAAAAUCAAUUUCCCGAUUAAAUUAAAAAAAAUAACAGAUCAGGAUGGACUCAACUGAAUUCACCAUUUCUUUCCGAAUACCAUGGUUGUUUGUACGCGCAGAUCUGCAUCUCGGCUGAGUGAUUCCCCAUGUUUAUGGUUAUGGUUUUUCGGGGCUAUGUGUAUGUACAUGUAUUUUAUCAAUUGAUGCACGAAUGUUGUACAAGGAUUUUAAUCUCGAAAGCAAGGCUGAUGAGAUAGUUCUCGGGGUGUUUCCAAGUCUCGGUUAUUGACAUCUUCUGGUAUGAAAUUAUAGCUCACAUUACAUUAAAUUUAAUAAUAGUUAAAUGAC